CUUUGAUGGAAAUGCGUGUACGUCUGUAGCAUCGUAGACGAUGGUGUAAAAAAAAGAUGACUCGAAAGGGCGGAAUAGAGAAGGGAUUGAAACAGUUCGUUUUUAAAUGCAUCGAAGACGAAAAUUAUUCUUCAUUGUAUUUGUUGAGAAGUUAUUCGUAAGUUUGGCAGCGUAUUUUUUUUUUACCCAUGUGUUAGUGAUGUGUUCGAGAGUGCAAUUUUUGUUUCAAUUGACAGUCGGAAUAUUUCUCACUCGAUGCAGCGAAGGAUUGAUUUUCAGCCCUCCACCGGGAAUAAGCUCCACAGAACAUCCACCGCCACCGAUACCCCAAUACAGAUUUCACUACCACGUUCGAGAUGAAAACACCGGCGACUACAAAUCACAAGAAGAGCAUCGCAGUGGAGACAGCGUAACAGGUUCUUACAUGGUAGCCGAACCUAACGGCGAUUUAAGGGUUGUAAAAUACGUAGCCGACGUCGCGAACGGUUUCAAAGCCGAUGUCAACGUACAACCAGGUGGAUCGCCGAUGAAACCCAGCACCAUUGGUGUGAAAAAAGCCACCGAGGUGUUCAACAAUCAACGCACCGGUAUCUCUGCUCCUGCCAAACAACGCAAACCUACUCGCGGUUUUAAUCCUAUCAUCGUCAAAUCACUCUCACCGUUUUCUCAGCCACCGCCUCAACUUUCUUCAAAAACUGAACCUAGCUCCCCAGUAACACCGAGUCAAUCGUCUUACUCUUAUUAUCGCGAAAAUACCGAUACUACUCGUAAUAUUUCGGUCGAGUUCACGACUCCUGUAAUCACUCAGAAAUCUGUGCAAGUUGAGCUAACUUAUCGAGACGAUAGUGUGGUCGAAAAACCCAGCGAAAAAGUAGCUCUACCUGAAAAGAAAAUUACCCCGAUUUUGUCCACCGAAUCGACCAGUACCUUAGCGAAUAAAAAUUUCAAUUUACAAUCGUUGGCUUACCUCAGUACCGAGUUACCCGUGAGUAAAACACCCAUAACGGAAAUUCCAACCAGUCGUAUAACAGCAGCUUCGCCACCUAGCACUAAUAGUAAUGGUCUUUAUCAUCUCGAUAAUUCGGAUAUAUCGUCGUCGAUAAUCGAAAUCCUCAACCAACAAAAAUCAGAUUACAAGUAUCCCCCCGUCAACGCACCUACUUACGUAUCCGAAUCAUCAUCACGUAUUCCUUCAUCUGUACCUGUAACCGAAUCAACACCUUAUACCAGAGCAGCAUCCGAACAAACGUCAGAUAUUGCAAAUCCCAACUUGGAAUUCGAUCCUUAUAAAAAAGCUAACCUACCUCAGCGUCCGAUGAGACUCAUUGGUUUAAGUCCAAUUUACAUGGAUCACGCUCAACUGCAAGCUUUAAGUGAAAACCUCACGUCACCUCCUCAAAUACCAGCAUUGGAUCACAUAAUUAACAUGCAAUACGCUACUCCAACUCCUUUGGUGAGUGGACCUUUGAUGGGAGGUCCUGGUCCCUUCAGAAAUAUACCACGGUAUGCGUCCGAAUUCAAUGAUCUGUCUCAGCUACAGCCGAAUUCGAAUUUGAUUCCAAACCCUAAUUCUGUACCGAGUAAUUUACCUGCGGUCAACUCGAUACCUAUUUCUGCCCCGAUAAUACCGCAAGCUGACACGAAACAAGAAAAUAAACCGGUGCCUCCUCCCCCUCUUGCUGCUGCUUCGAUACCCCUGUGUAAUGACUGUUUUUUACCAGCUAAUUUAGCUAAUUAUAUGUCUUAUCCUUUACUUAAAUUCCCUGCUCAGGCUGCUUCUGCUUCGGCUUCGACCACGAAUAAUAAUCAAAAACCGUGCGUUACUGAAAACACCCCUUAUAAUAUGGCUCCGUAUAAACCUGCCUUUGCUUAUAUCCUGUUUCCAUCGUUGCCAUCGUCGGUAAUGCAGGCUCGUCAUUAGAAUUGAAAAAUUUAAAUUAGCCAAAAUAAAUAAAAUUAUGUAAGUACCUACUUACUGACUUGUGAUUUUUUUUUUUUUAUUAUUUGAAAAGAAACAAAAGGUAUAGAAUAUGCUUUCCUAUUUCAUAUUUAAGCUCGUAUAAUAUUACUUUACUUACUUAUUUAUUUUUAGAAAUAAAAUAAUAAAUAAUUUUACGCUUUUUCGGGUGAAAAAUCAUGCUUAGAUUUGAUCAGAUCCAAAUUUUUGCUGUCAUGGUCAGAACAAUGUAUCAAUAUAAUCAUGGAAUCUGCUCAAAUUAAAUUAAAAAAAAAAAAAUCAGAUCUGAACGUUUUCCUCGAAUAGGUAAUAGGUACGGUAGGUACUCUUUACUUGAAUAAGUGCAGAAUUAUAUCUAUAGAUUUUAAAUGUUGAUGUAAUGUAAGCACCUAAGUGCUAAGAUGUGAAGUACCUAUUGGUUUUUUCAAUAUUCAUUAAGGCUUUUCAUUUAGUAGGUAUAGUGAGAAUUUUUUUGGCAGGUACUGAAGAAUAUUAUUUUGGAUGAUCGAAUUCUGCAUUAUUUUGCACCUACCUACCUAUUUUAUAUCAUAAAAAUAUGUGCAGAUAUUAAAAAAAUAAAUAAAUAAAAAAAAUAAUAAUUGAAAUUUUUGACAGAAAAUUUUAUUGUAGUUACAAUAACUCUAAUUCUGAGAUUUGAAUGUUUGACGCUUGAUAUUUGUAUUGACUGUAUUGUAAAUUUAUUGAAGAAUUUAAAGCUGGGGCGAACUAAAUAGCAAUAUUUUGGUAUACAUACUUAUUAUUUUAAUUUUUAAAUAGUGAUAUCGUAAUGCUAAAAUUGUAUACUUAUUAUAAGUAUUCCUCCUUGUUGUUUUUUAUGCUUGUAUCUCAAAAAAAUGUUUUUUAUUGUAAGUAAAUUUUUACUAAUUUUCAAGUC